GCAGACUCCGCCCGCUACAAGAUGGCGACUCCCAUGCAUCGGCUCAUAGCUCGGAGACAAGCUGAAGCCAAUAAGCAACAUGUAAGAUGCCAGAAAUGCUUGGAAUUUGGACAUUGGACUUAUGAAUGCAAAGGGAAAAGAAAGUACCUACACAGGCCUUCAAGAACAGCAGAGCUGAAGAAAGCUUUAAAAGAAAAAGAAAAUAGAUUACUGCAGCAAAGCGUUGGAGAGACCAACAUAGAGAGAAAGCCCAAGAAGAAGAGGUCUAAGAGUGUCACGAGUUCCAGUACCUCCAGUAGUGGCAGCUCAGCCAGCGAGUCUUCGUCUGAGAGCGAGACAUCGGCCUCAUCCUCUUCAGAGGACAGUGACUCAGAUGAAAGCCUCUCUAGCUCCUCCUCCUCAGCCUCCUCCUCCUCCUCCUCUUCCUCCUCCUCCUCCUCAGACUCAGACUCCAGCUCCUCCAGCAGCAGCAGCAGCAGCAGCAGCACCGAGAGCAGCUCUGAUGAUGAACCAGUGAGGAAGAAGAGGAAGAAAUAGAACUCCUACACUGGAACAAUGGAUCCACAGCAUCUGUGACUCCCAGGGGAACUGAAAACCUGCUCAAGCAAGCAAGCUAGCUGGUCAGAACUUUCAAAGGAAGUAUUCACCAUUGUAUAGGAUAUUAAAAAAAAAUGUUAUAUAUAAAGAUGUUUAUUUUAGGAA